AUGACGGCAAUGCACGACAAAGCACCCGAAGUUAUUCUUACAGAUCAAGAAUCGGCUAUUGGAGGUGCUAUUGCACAUGUUCUACCAGAAUUCGUUUCGGAGUUCAAUAAUUGCCAAACGGUUGAACAGUUUGAGCUAGGUUGGGCUACAAUGCUUAAAAAUCACAAUUUAGAUAAAAAUAAAUGGUUAUCAACAUUGUACAACAAACGUGAACAUUGGGCAUCAUUGUACACGCGUGAUGUAUUUUGUGCUGAUAUGUAUACAACACAACGAAGUGAGAGUAUAAACUCUUAUUUUGAUGGAUUUUUAAGAAGAGAUAUGCCUUUGUGUGAAUUUUUCCGGCAAUAUGUAAAAGCAGUAGUUGCAAGAAAAGAGGCAGAGAACGAUAUGGAUUAUGAAACAAUAUAUACAAAACCAGUUUUGAGAUUUCGAAUGUGUAUUGAGGAGGAAGCAGCUUUGGUGUACACAAAGAUAAUUUUUACUAAAUUCCAAGAACAGUUAACUGAAUGUUUUUCUUAUUCUCAUGAAAGAGUGAACAAAAGUGGAACAUUGUCUACUUAUCAUGUAUCUAGAGUUGGAUAUGCGCAUAAACACCGGACAGUGAUAUUUGACUCUUUUAACAAGAGUGCUCAAUGCAGUUGUCUACUGUACGAGAUUGCUGGUUAUUUGUGCAGACACAUCUUAAAGGUUUUCGUAGUCGAGAAUGUUCAAAAUCUUCCAACUCAACAUGUUCUAAAACGGUGGACCAAAGAUGCUAAAUUUGGACCGGUGGUGUUUGACCAAGGUGAAGAAAUUGUAGCUGAUUGUCAGGAUAUGGUUACAGUUAGAUACAGUAAAUUUUGCCAAGAUGCGAUCAAUAUUGCAGUUAAAGGUUCGACAUCAAUCCCGGUGUACAACGUGGCAGUACAAGCGUUACAUAAAGCUUUAAAAGAAAUCGAGGAAGCUAUAAAAUCCUCCCAAGUAAACCCAGAUGGACAACCUGACGUUACACAGUAUGAGGAUAUUACAAGACAAGAAGAAAUUGUAGAAAACCAGCCAAACUUUCGAAGACCCUUGAAAGAACCACCAAUUGUAAAGCGUAAAGGCAAACCUGGUAGAAGGAAGUUGCCAACAGUUGAAUUGGAGAUCACGAACUCUCAAGAUAAACAACCGAAAAAAAGGAAAAAGAACAAAUCAGUUGCAUUGAUUAAUACCAACUCUCAAGACAAGCAACAAAAGAAAAGAAAAAAAAUUUUGAGGUUUAUGCUAUUGCCCAUAGUCACUAAUCCAUAUAUUCUUAUAUGGGCUACAAGAUUUAGCUAUUUGAAUGGAAGUAAGAUUCCUCCGAGAGAGAAGCCUAGGUUCUUGAAGAAUGAUGAUGCUGGUAUCAUUGAUAUGCUUCCAUCCAAGCCCACGUUCGUUACCGACGACGGAAGGCAGAUGCUUGUUAUCAAAAAGAACUAA